AUGCGCCGCGCAUCCGCGUUUUGGGGCGGGGAGCAAUGCACUGCGUCGCGCCUCCUCGUGAUGAAGCCCAUUGCAAGGCACGGUGCCUCGCUUGCUCGCUUUCAGAUGGAUUAUAAGGCACUGUGCCUCGCCUCUUCGUCUUCCUACGGACUGCAGAGCACUGUCCCCGCUCCCCAUUUCCUCUUCCCUCCGUCCAUCCCCAUUUCCUCUUUUCCCAGUGACUCCACAUAUCCCCUUCCCUCCACAUUUUUGCAUCCCUCUGACACCCCCCAUAUCCCCAUCCCCCUGUCCUUCCCAAGAUCCUCUUUUCCCUGUCACUCCUCAUAUCCCCUGUACUACGACCCUCCCCAUUUCCCCGUUUCCCAGUCACUCCCCAUUUCCCCUUUACACAGUCACCGCUAUGUUUCCCCUUCCCUUAAUCCCGCCCCAUUUCUCCGUUUCUCAUUCACUCCCCAAUUCCCAAUCCCGCUGACCCUCCCCCAUUCACUUCCGUGCGUCACUCCCCAUUUCCCCAUGGUUCCGUCCCUCCCCGUUUCCCUUUUUCCAAGACACCCCUCAUAUCUCUGCCCUCCGUCCCUCCCCAUGUUGCCCGCCCUCCGUCCCUCCCCAUUUUGCCGUGCCUCUAACAACCAUGCGCGCACGGGUACCAUUAGUAGCACCAAUCACUUCCCCUCCCCAUUUGCCUUCCCACCGUCCCUCCCCAUUUUGCCUUCCCUCUGUCCCUCCCCAAUUUGCCAAACCCUUUGUCCCUCCCCAUUUUGCUUUCCCUCUGUCCCCAUUUCCAGUCACGCCUGCGGCGCCCCCGCUGACUUGGCCAUCAAGCUACCUGACGGGCCUGAUUCUGACGACGCCCCUCGUGUGUACUAG